AUGAUCCUGCCAGCUCUCCAGUGCACGUAUUUUUCUCUCCUGUGGCAACUAGCUGCAGUUUCGGAAAAUUCUCCCAAGACCCUUUUUGCGCUAAGGAGAGAGCUGAGACGUUUCAGUCAGAUUUGUAUGUGCUUUCUCCACCAUAAGGAAAAAGAUGUAAGAGAAAAGGCUUUCAUGGUACUCUGUGACUGGUUGCUGAUUUUGAGUCAUCAGGAUUCAAAUAAUAAUGAAGAAGCAGUCAGACUGCUAGAUUAUCUUCCUAGUACAUCACUUCAGGAAAAACUGCUUUUGUUUAUCCAGGAAUAUGUUUUCAAGGAGGAAGAAGAGGAGAACAAAGACCUGACAGAAGAGGAAGAGAGAAGGGAUGAAAGUUGCAAACUUGACGACUUGCACAAAAAGCGGAGUCUUCUUGCAGCAUAUUGCAAGUUAAUAGUGUAUAAUGUGGUAGAGAUGACUGCGGCUGCUGAGAUCUAUAAGCAUUAUGUGAAGACCUACAAUGAUUUUGGAGACAUAAUUAAAGAAACGUUAAGCAGGACCAGGCACAAUAACAAAAUUCAGAGUGCCAAGACACUGAUCCUCUGUCUGCAGCAGCUGUUUCAGGCUCAUGCAGAAAGCCAAGACAGCAGCAGUGGUGUAGACUUCUCCUCUGCUUCCUUCACAAAUAUGAAAGAACUGGCUCGUCGCUUUUCACUAACGUUUGGCUGGGACCAGGUGAAAUCUAGAGAAUCUAUAGCCAUGAUACACAAGGAAGGGAUUGAAUUUGCUUUUCAAGGAGCUACUGGAAUAGAUGGAAAAUGCUUGCCUCCCAACUUGAGCUUUCUGUUAAUCAUCAGCGAAUUUUCCAACAAGCUGCUAAAGCCUGACAAAAGACUAGUGCAUGCGUACUUACAGAGGUACGUAGCAGAACCCCUGCCUUGCAGAGGAGAUGAAUGGCAGCCGUUGAUUUGGUACAGAAACUCUUUACUGGCAAGUGAAGAUGAGGAGAGCUCUGUCCUCGGCAGUCCAGGAGAGUGGUCCCCUGUGGGCACAUCUAAGACGUCUUCUUUUAAAAGGAAAUUGUCUAAUGGGUCUCUGCCUGAACCCAGCCAGACUGAAGCAGCGAGCAAAGCUCCAGCCCUGCAGCGUGCUUCCCAGCUUGCCUCUGCGCCAGGGAAGAGCAGAAAGAGGCUGAAAUCUCGGGAGACGCACUUGCAGGAACGUUUGCCAUUCCUUUGUCCAGGAGGGCUGCGGAGAAGAUGCUGCAAAGAUGAGAUUAAGACAGAAGAUGCCUCAGAGGAGGGCCAAGCAGAAGACACAGUUGAAGAUGUUGAUGUUGACGUGGUUGGUGCAGAGCAGGUAAUUCUGGCUUGGGUGAAUGUGAGUUCAGAAUCUCACGAGUACCCAUCUACCAUCAAGGCUCUUGUGGAGAUUAAAUUCUCCCCAACCCAGCUGGGAUUUGAGAGGAAGCAUGGGAACGUUGUGGGCUUGGAGUGGCAGCCAGCAUAG